CUGAUAGGUGGCACUGACUGGCAUUGAUAGGUGGCACUGACUGGCACUGAUAGGUGACACUGAAAGGCAGCUCAGAUGGGCACUGAUAUGUGGCAUUGAUGCACACUGGUAGGCACUGAUAUGUGCCAUUGAUGGGCACUGACAGCUGGCAUUGAUGGACACUGACAGGUGGCACUGCUGGGGCUACACUGAUCAUCAGGGCACACUGAUCAUCAGUGCCCUGAUGAUCACUGUCAGCGUGACAGCUCGUGAGGAGAUUAAUGCAGAUAACCGGCAUUUCCCUAUUUACAUGCGAUCAGCUGUGAUUGGACUCAGCUGAUCACAUGACCGAGCAGACAUCUUCGGCUCUUUCCGGUGAUCUGCUGUGUCUGAGGGUCACA